AUUGAUUUCAUGCCAAACGGAACACGACGUCACAGUAAUGCGAAUUUUCGCUCGAAGAUAUGAUUUUUUGUCUUCCGCUUGUAUACUUCACUCAAUUAUCCGACGUAAAUUGAACUUCGGUUGAGCCCUGCAUAAAAAUUUGGAUUUUUUUUUUUUUUCUUCAAUAAACAUAUUAUGCAAUAAAAUAUUUGGAAUCGCAAGAACGUGACAUUUUUUCUUACGGUUUUAGAGGAGUUUCAUCGAGGCUCCGCUCUCGUACGUUUGAGAGUAAAAAACAACUUCCUGCACACGAAUAGUAAAUGCCAACGUUCAGGUGGUUGGUGUUUAUUGUCAACGAGGUGUUCACAGAAAUAAAUAGAAUCGUGAAUUCGGUAUUGCUCGAUCAAAAGCGAUGCCAGGCUUAGAAAAUAUGUCGAGGGUGGGCCAGGUGAUCGAAGGAACGCUUGAAAAAUUUUCCAAGCUGUAUUUGAGCGCGUGCCCCACUUUCUAUCGCUUAUGUUUCGAUCCCGUUGGAACUCACAAAAAGUCCAGAGCAGCGCUGGGCUUUUUCUUCGGAUUUAUGCUCGGCGUACUCUUUUACGAAGUCGUCAUCGUAGACCUCGAAUUCUCCGAAUACACCGGGCUCGGACUUGGCGCCGUGAUAAUUGCGAUGUUAGCCAUUGGAUGCGCCUCCUCCAUCCAGGUAAGAUGUAUCUGCGUCCUUGCGAUCCCUGCCUUUUGCGGGAGAGCGGGUCGGAGCGUUCUGAAAGCAAUGGUACUGGCGUACGUAAUCGCCGGUCCGAUAUUCAAUUUGGCGUACAACGGUAAGGAGGUGGUGCGAACUUUUGCUUGCACAACGCAGCUGACAUACAACUUGACGAAGACUCGUUUGGACCUGAUGUUCAAGCCGUUUCAGCAGGCGAUUUUCGGUAUGAAGGCGGACGCCAACGAGAUAAGGGAGACUCUCGCCUCCGUGCGAGAAUUAUCGAGUCCGAUUAUUGAGGAAAUUGAGGGUGAGGAGGAGAUGAACCGUCUCAAAGAAGAGAAUGACUACUUCGAUGCAAAGUUGGGCGACACCAGGCGCAGCGAUGAAAUAGAACAGAGAGAAGAACGCCGGGAAAAAGAGGCGAAAGAGAAACGCGACAAUUCGCAAAAUGAGGCGGAUAUGUACGAAGCUAGAUAUCGCGAGAAAAUCGAAGAACGAUGCGAAGAACAGCUGACCCGGGGGGCGGAACGCUGCAGGGACAUGUUUAGCAGCGCUUAUGACAAGUGUUACGACGGCGUGACCUUCCUUGCUGCGUGGCUUCUCUGCUGGCCGAUGAAACUCACCUUUGUGUGUAACUUGGCACAAGCCAUGGGAGGAUCGAGCACCUGUAAUCCCGACGGAAAAGUCGACGUCGGAAUCGGCGAGGGCUACGUCGCCUUGAAAGGAUCCCGAGAUAAACUUAGCGCGAGUUUGAAGGACGCUAAACUUCAGUACAAGGUGAAAAAAAACCCAAUACUUUUGGACGUUCGCGGGGCGAGCGAUACCGCGAAGGCCGUUAUGCACGAUUUUGACGCGAGACGGAAGCUCUUCGAUUCGGCAAUGACGAUAAUACGAAGAUGCUUGGCGUUCGUAUUUCUCAAGAUAAUACUGAGCGCGCAAAGUUACCACGACAAGUAUCUCAACGACAUCGAAUUCGACAACAUCUACGUAACCACCUACUUCCGGCGCAUCGACGCCCGCCGAAAAUCAAGGGAAUGUCAGACUCUCCUGCCUCUCAGGAAGAUCGAAAGGACCAAACUGAUCGAUCCGUACAAGGCCGGACCCAGCAGGACGGAGAGGGCUAACCUUGUCGGACAGACUGUCAAACUGAUCCUGGAAAUGGUGACAGCGACGACCUUCGUCCUGCUGGACCGUCUUUUCUUCGAGACUCUGGACGUGGUGCGUCGUCACGCUCACAUCGAAUACACUCAGAGUGGGCGUCACGACAUGAGCCUCGAAGUCCGAGGGACGGGAAUAAUCGCGUCCCUUGUCCGGAGCGUGAUCGGAGGUUUCAACGGUAAACGUCGAAUCAAAACGGUGACCUCUAACCAAUCGUGCCUACCACGACCUCGAGAACUCCCGGGCUACAUCCUCGCGAAGAUAUACGGGACUUACUUCGCCGUGUGGGUGAUGCUCCUCCUAGCGGCUUACACUCAACGAUCACGUCACGCAAUUUGCGCCUUCUUUUACCGCACCAGAGAAAAAAGACGCGUCCUGUACCUCUACAACGAAACUCUACGCCGACGCCUGGGAUUCUUCAGGUUUAUGCGAGGUCGUAUACGGGCUCUGGUCAGAGCGCGACUCCUUGAAAGAGACAUGGACCCUUGGCUAGCUCUUCGCGAACGAUCCCCAAGACUUUGCGGAUGGUUGCGUUACUUCGCUUUCGCGAGAGCCGAGUGUCUGAUAUGCGGUGAAACCGAACCCAGGAAAGGUCCAGCUUUCAGACGCUGCACUACACCGGGAUGCCCUUUCGUUCACUGUCAGGAAUGCUGGAGAGAUGUUGGCAGGAUAUGUUACGCGUGUGCUGACUUUCCAGACACCGACACCGACGACUACGAUACCCACGUUGAAUUUUAACUUCGAUAACAACCCGCGUUGCAUAACAAUUACGGGAACAGCGGCUAUUCUCUUCAAUUUACCUCAUUAAUGAAUUUCCUGCGAUUUAUUGCCAAAGUCCAGAGAUCUUACGGAUCAUAGCGAUUCCGUACAGACGUAGUGAAAUUACGAUUUGCAAUUGAACAAAUUGAUCCCGCUGAUUCUUAUAAGACCCACCUGGGAUUCCCGGUCGUGGCCAGUAACUUGGUUGAUCUGGAACCGGAAACUUA